CCUUUCAGUUCGUGAACGGAAAACAAGCUCAAUGCAGGUUAGGUCACACGCAUUUAUUGGGAAUAUUAAUAGCUGUGUCCAAUCAGUAAGAAUCAUCAACAUACGAGUGCCAGAGGUGAUACAAUACGGGACGAGAGACGCCGUCACUCUUGACUGCGACUAUGUGACUGGCAACGUGACAGGACUGGUGGUUAAAUGGUUCUACGUGGACAAGUCGCAGCCAGUCUACCAGUGGAUACCCCCGCAAAAGCCUCAAGCUUUAGGGCUAUUGAAAAACAAGUUGGAUCUAACAUACAAAGUAUCAAGAAACCCGUAUACCCAACAUCGAGCGCUGCGGAUCCUGAACCCUGGUCUGGAGCUGACUGGCAACUACACAUGCGUGGUGUCUACCUUCCUCGCUGAAGAUGAGAGGACAAAACCCAUGACUAUAUUUGUUCCAGAGAGGAGAUUCGACAUGAUCCAGGAUAGAUUGGGCGACGGAUAUCUGAACAUCAUUUGUUCAGCCGAGGGCGUUUUCCCUAAACCAGAGCUUGUUAUUCUAGCCGGCAACAGGCCACUUCACGCAAAAUCCCAGAUAAAGCUGAUCAACGACCGAUACACAGCUGUGACAAGCUCCAUAGUCAAAAUAGACUCACUACCGCCGACGGUGGAGAUUCUAUGCGACAUGCACGUACCUUUAGCGAACUACUUCAGCAGAAAGAGGGACAUCUUCUAUAGAGAUCCCCCACCGACUACGCCAGACCCACCGAAUUCGGCGCAAACGCAAGCUCGAGAUAAUGCACACCGAGAUCUUUCAACACCAAUGCUGUUAAUCACAUCCCUAAUUUAUAUAUUCGUUAUCCACAUAAGGUGAAAUUAAUAACAUUAUGUAAAUAUAUAACAGACAAUAAUUAGUUUUAACUGUAAAUUCAAGAAGGAAUAAAAUGUACAUAAAUAUUUUUGUAAGUAUCUGUAGUAAUUAAAGUCAAAAUUCAUCAUGCACGAUCCUAUACGAAACGGUUUUGUUACUAUAUUAUAAUUCAUCUUUA